AUGAAGGUGUGUGUAUAUCUGGGAUUUAUUUUGUGGAAAAAUAAGUCUCUGGUGCUAUGUGUACUCAUAAUGUUGGUGCUUGGAUGCUUAAUUGCUUUGAUACCAAUCACACCGGUUAAACUGACAAUUUACCGUGUUUGUUGCUCAGUGACUAGUGGCGUAAGAUGUUUGUAUGACUGUCUGGAUAAAAAAUUAAGUGGUUUAAAUGAACGGAAAAUCGAAGAAAAGGCGUACCAAAACGAGGGCGACGAAGUUAAACAUAAACUAGCUGUACUCGUUCCUUUUAGGGACCGUUUUGACGAACUUCUGGAAUUUGUCCCCCAUAUGCACAAGUUUUUGAAAAAGCAGAAUGUAAAUCAUCAUAUAUUUGUUUUAAAUCAGAUCGACAGUUACCGAUUCAACCGUGCAUCGUUAAUCAACGUUGGAUUCCGAGAAGUGUGCCCGCAGUGUGACUACAUUGCAAUGCAUGAUGUUGAUCUUCUCCCCCUUAAUCCACAACUAUCAUACGGCUAUCCAGAGAAAGGCCCAUUUCAUGUUGCAUCGCCACAGCUGCAUCCUCGCUAUAACUACUCAACAUUUGCUGGAGGAAUACUGCUAAUUAAGAGAGAAGAUUUCCAAAAAGUCAAUGGAAUGAGCAAUAAAUAUUGGGGCUGGGGUUUAGAAGAUGAUGAAUUCUAUAUUCGCCUAAAAGAAGCAAAGCUGCAAAUAUCUCGUCCACAAAAUGUAACUCCGGGAAAAACCAAUACAUUUAGGCACAUGCAUGAUAGUGUAAGACGGAAACGUGAUAAGACCAGAUGCUUCAGUCAAAUGCAGUUGACAGAUGAUCGUGAUUUGGAGACCGGUUUGAACACAGUGUCUUAUAAACUUACAGAAAUUAGAGAGAUGAGCAUUGAUGGUGAUCGAGCUACAGUUCUAAACGUGAAACUCCACUGUGAUAAGCUACUGACUCCGUGGUGUGAAUGUAACUCUAGCAAUCAGUCAGCACAUUAAAUCUGGGCAGGUGGCAAGCUGAAUAAAUUUAGAUUGUAAAAUAGUAAAGUGCCAAUAUGUUGACAUUGUUUUCAGUAUUUAUAACAUUUUUUUUUGAUAUU